AUGACGGUCGAGUUGCUCAAAGCCAUCGUCGAGAGCGAAACGUCUAUUUCCCCCACCGAUCAGCGCCUCGUUUACAACAACCAGCUGCUCAGCGACGAUGCACGCACCCUUGAACAAGUUGGGAUUGGCGAAGGAGACAUGCUUGGUGUCCAUGUAACACUCAGGACCCCCCAAGCACCUGCCCGCACGGUCGGGGGUCCCAGCGCUCCAUCCUCCGCAGCGGCCCAGCAGAAUCUCCAGCGGCGACAGGCGAUGACCCCCGACCCGGAGACCAUCCGCCUCCAUAUCCUCGGUGAUCCGCGCGUGCGCGAGACUGUCCGACGCCAGAACCCAGAAUUGGCAGAUGCUGCCCAGGAUCCACAGCGUUUCCGUGAAAUCUGGCUCGGACAAAAAAGGUGGGAGGCUCAAAGGGAGGCGGAGAAGGAAGCACGGAUCGCAAUGCUGAAUGCGGACCCCUUUAAUCCCGAGAACCAAAAGGAAAUCGAGGAGAUCAUUCGACAAAACGCGGUGACGGAGAACCUCCAUAACGCGAUGGAACAUCAUCCUGAAUCGUUUGGCCGCGUCAACAUGCUGUACAUUCCCGUCGAAGUCAACGGUCACCGGCUGAACGCCUUUGUCGACUCAGGAGCUCAGGUGACCAUCAUGUCUCCCGAGUGUGCAACUGCGUGCAACAUCAUGCGGUUGGUGGACCAGCGAUACGGAGGAAUUGCCAAGGGUGUCGGGACGGCAACUAUCCUCGGUCGAGUACACUCCGCCCAAAUCAAAAUCGGUAGCAUGUUUCUCCCCUGCUCCUUCACCGUCAUGGAAGGCAAGCACAUCGACCUGCUUCUGGGUUUGGACAUGUUGAAGCGCCACCAGGCGUGCAUCGACCUCAAGAGAGGCGCUCUUGUCAUCCAAGAUCAGGCGGUCCCUUUCCUGGGAGAAGCCGACAUUCCGAAACAUCUACAGGAAGAAUUCGAGGACGAGCCGUUGAUCAGAGGUCCCGACGGCGCCGAAGUCGGCGCUCGCACAGGGGCCGUCACGCAUCAAGCCGGUGGAGGUCAAGGCUCCAGUGGCGCUGCUGCUGGCCCAUCAUCCUCAGCCGCCGCCUCCUCGUCAAAUCCCGGCAUCAACAUCCGCCCAGCCGCGGGGCAAUCAUCUCGCUGGCCGCAGGACUCCAUCGCGAAGAUCACCGAGCUAGGAUUCACACGGGAAGAAGCGACGCGCGCAUUGGAUGCCGCCAACGGCGACCUAGACGGUGCCAUUGGAUUCCUGAUCUGA